AUGCCUAGCGGUCACAAUAACAUCGGUUUACCUCAAUAUAGUGGAAACCGAAUAAUGGGUUGUCAAAAUAGUGUAUUUUAUUUAGAUCUUUCGGUUUCGUUUGACACGCAAGGCAAUAUUCCAUGGACAGACCUUACGACUAUUGCUGGCAGUCCAGUAAAUACUUGCUGGCAGGUUAGCGCAUUGGCUGGUCCGAACAACACUAGCAUAUACGCGUUUGGAGGCGUUAUGGUAGAUAAGAGUACUACGUUUAGUGUUGAUACGGUGAUAUAUGAAUUUGACACAAAAACUCAACAGUGGAGCACACCAGAAAUCUCAGGGACUCUACCCAAAAGACGAAAAGAAUUUCAGAUUGUACAGGACAAUUCCGGCAAAGCGUAUAUGUUUGGAGGAUUAUCUGAUAACUCAACAGGUUCAACGAAAGUCAAAUGGUUCAACGAUAUGGACAUUUCAGAUAUCAUCAGUAUGUCUUGGUCGAAAGUUUCGACUUCCAAAAAUAAAGCACCUCCGCUACGAGCUGAUUUCACCGCUACCAUGUUGAAUAAUUCUAUCAUCGUAUACAUAGGCGGAAGACAGGCUAAUCCAGCAUCAGCAAAGACUAAAAGUUAUAGUAAUAUGGAUCAGAUUUGGACGUAUGACACUAAAAAUGCAUCUUGGAUGUUAGUUACUGCGGCUGGAACUGUUCCAGGUGUUCGUAUUGGCCAUUCUGCAGUGCUAGCCUUAGAUGGUCGAAUCAUUGUAUUUGGCGGAUACGACCAAAAUUUAUCUCCCGCCAGCCCUGCGCUUGCCGUUCUCGACACUUCAACAUCACCAUUUCGUAACUAUACAUGGGUUACUUCCACUGAUACCGAAAUUCCCUUAUCUUCACCAACCAAUAGCUCGAUAACAAAUCCUACUUUGUCCACUUCUCCCACUUCAACAACCACACCAGACUAUACAACAAAAACACCUUCAUAUUCAAUUACACCUCAGAAAAAUGGUGUUAUAUCAUCUCGCACGGGAAUAAUAUUAGGAACAACGAUUGGAGCUCUUA